AAACCUCUGGCCCCAACGCCCCAUCGAGCAAUUGGACCCAGAGUUACAUCCAAUACACGCAAUGAGAUCUAUUUUCUACCUGACAAGUGCUGCAGCCUUUUGGGCGACCAUUUCCAUGGUCCAAGCCCGACCCGAUAUUUUGCCCGACAUGGUUAACGAUUGCGAGCGCGCAGUGGUCACUGGAGACACUUGCGCCAUCUUGUACGACGACGACGGAUGUGAAGGUUGGGAACUACCGCUCAAGCAAGGCUACACUGAGCUCACCUGGUGGUACAGAAACGAUGCCGAGGCUGUUUUGGUCAAGCGAGGCUGCACGCUGGUGGCCUACGACAAAAAGGGCAAAACCGAACGCGAACGGGGCAGACAAUUCAUUUUAGACGGAUCAAGCUAUCGCCGCCAUCUCUUCAAGGAUUUGCGAGGCAGCAAUGAGCUCGAGGAUGAUAUCGAAUCCGUCGAAUGCCAAUGCAUGAGCGUCAAUCGGAACAACCAUCAAGAGAUGAGCGAUGGGGCUCACGGAGCCGCGGCCAACGCGAUUAUGUCUUCCAAUGGAGGAGGCGACUGCCUCACGGUUCGUUUCAAUGCGGGAGCCGCAGCCGUGCUUUUCGACGACAAAGACUGCCAGAUUACGGAUUGGGAUGCCCCUUUAUAUAUCCAAGAUGGGGAAUAUCGAACCUUUUCCAUGUUUCAAUCGGUGCACAAUUGGAAUUACAAGAACACAAUCGAGUCUUUCGCUUUGAAGCAAGGCUGUACCAUGGAACUGUAUCGAGAUUCAGACUUCUCCGACGGGGGCCAGAAGUUUCACGCUGCGGGGGGAACACUCGUCUACUCACUCGGCAGAGAUCCCAAAACCACCUCCUUGAACAAUGACGUGGAGUCCGUCAGGGUGUAUUGUUAAGAAUGGAAAGGAAUGGCAAAUUAUUACAUAGGCACAAAUAAACGUUACAUCACAUCA